AUAGCCGAGUUCAGAUUAUUUGAUACAUCUGACGAAUUCUUGAACAAAUAUAGAGUCAAACAGUGCAAAUAGUAUGGGGACGUGACUUUGCUUGUUGUGUCUACACUACGUUGCGCCGCUUUCCGCGCGGGGCGUGGGACCGUUUCAUGCGCGCAGGCACAGACACAAAUGCAGAGAGCGCUACCAACGAGAGCUCUCCGCUGCCCACCGCGCCGUCUGUGAAGUGAAAAUGGGUCUCGAAAGGGAGAAUUACGAGACGAGUAUCAUCAUGGACGAGGACGAGUUCAACAGAUCAAUAGAACCGAUUUUGUCGAAAAAAGACUACGUCUACGCGGCGAUCCCAGACCGAGAUCCCAAUGACAUAAACGCGCACUUAAAGGUUGGUUUUGACGAUGUGAUCGCAGAGCCCAGUUCCAGCCACAGCUUCGACAGAGUAUGGAUAGGAAGCCACGCCGUCUUCGAACUGUUCAAAUAUGUAUUCUACCGAAUACUGACCACCAUCCUCGCCGUUCCCAUGGCAUUUAUCAUCGGGAUAGUCUUCGGGGUCCUCAGCUGUAUUCAUAUUUGGGUGUUGAUGCCAGUGGUGCGGAGCUGUCUGAUGGCCCUGCCCUCUGUCCAGGUGGUCUGGAGCAGCCUUACAGACAUUUUUGUCACCCCCCUCUUCCACAGUUUGGGCAGGUGUCUGUCCUCUGUCCACGUCAAGGCCAUGGACAACUGAUAGGGUCUUUGUUAUGGGGGUGGGGGUUCAGAAGUUACAGGAUAUCUUCACUUUUUUUUUUUCCUAUUUCUAAGUGGGAAAAAUAAGUAAAUAAUUUGAGGUGAGUCUUAAAAAAGUGAAGAUAUCAUUUAGUUAUGUUUGCGUUGAAAUAUAUAAUAGCUUUAUGAAGCCAACAUCGACACACCAUGUGGUGGAAUUAUGGUAGAGCAUAUAAGUGCAACUGAUAAGUUACGAGCGCUCAUAAAGGAUGAUUAGGGUAAACUUCCCUUUGACAACACCACAGCACCAUCUGGGUAAUAAGAUGAUCCAACAUGAUCAUUUAUGUCAUUUGGAAAUUUCAAGAUUCACAUGAUAAAUCAGAUUGUCCACUGUUCAUAGAAGUGGUUGUGUAGCAUUUAGAAUCAGUUUUGAUGUAUUCUGCCAAAAGGACAAUUGUGCAGUUGUGACCAAAAUAAAUUAUUGUCAUUCCAUUAUUUUGAUGCUAAAAAAUAACUGUUUUAAUCGUAAAGGAUCAGAUCAGGGCAACAGUAUAUUGGCCAGUUAGGCAUCACAACAUUCCUGGCAUCAGACAUGUAACGUUUGUGUAGUUUCUGCUUUUUAUGUGUUGUGGAUAUAUAGCAGAGGAUUCAGAUGGAAUUUGAAUGAAUGAAUUACUUCAUAUGUUUUCUGUAAUAGAGUGUACACUGAUCCUAGAUGCUGAGAUGCAGCUUAUCCUUCUCCAGCCUUAUUUUGCUGCUGCUGUGUUAAUCUCACAGUGCUUUGGAUACAUUUUGGACAUUUGCUUUCCCACAAAGACAACCUACCUAGUAAAGACCUAAGACAGUUGUAUAUAUUUUUGAACAGAAGCUGGACUUUUACAUGUUUAAUAUAAUAAACAAAAGGGUGGGUUGUCUGAG